AGAGUGAUUAUGAUGGCCGACGAGAAGGUGGAAGUGAAGAUGUAGAUGGUGCUUUAUGUCAGUCAUCUAGACACUCCCACUCUUUGUGUCUUUUAACAAUGGAUACCACUAGAGGAUAAAUCACAAAUAUUGAUUGUAACUGGCCUUGACCUACGAACCAAUUAACUGUAGAAUAUUUCCUCAACUUUCAUCAGUCAAGAUUAAGUGUUAUGUAAGGACCUCCUCACUGGAGUUCGGAGUGACCCUGACACCAUGGAAGAGCCAGCAGGGAACCCCGCUCCAGGCAACAUGUCAGAAAACUCCAAGAUAACUCUGCCUCAUCAGCUGACGAAUAUCCCCCCGGCCUUAGAGUUUCCUUCUCUCAGACCUCGCUGGAACACCAAUGAGGAGAUAGCAUCUGUGCUGAUAGCUUUUGACCGUCACAAAGAAUGGCAGAUCAGAGAACUCAAAAUCAGGCCUCCGAGUGGCUCCAUGCUGCUGUACAGCCGGAACAAGGUCAGGUACCGCAAGGACGGCUACUGCUGGAAGAAGCGACGCGAUGGCAAGACUAUCAGGGAGGAUCACAUGAAGCUCAAAGUACAGGGGGUGGAGUGUAUUUAUGGUUCAUAUGUGCACUCGGCGAUCCUCCCUACGUUCCAUAGACGCUGUUAUUGGUUGCUCCAGAAUCCUGACAUUGUUCUUGUCCACUACCUGAAUGUCCCCUACCCUGACAACACCAAACUGAGCAUUCCUGUUUUAUCUUACGACAUGGAGAAGAAAGAAUGGACCAAGGAAGAACUUGUUGAUCAGCUCAGGCCUAUGUUGGCAUGUGGCCGGAGAGUGGAUCUUGGUCCUGAGCAAGAACACAUGGUUGAAGAAACGAUUGAAGACUUUGUUCAACAGUUGAUUAACCUUCGGCAGGACAAAUCUGGGAAAGCCAAACCCCACAAAUGCACUCCUUCCUGUGACAAAAACUUUCCUCAUUCCAAAUGCACCAAGGACUCAUCCCCUCCAAACACUGCCAGCCUGGCACACAAUCGCCUGGUGUCCAUGUUGCAACGCCACACCCAACGCAGCGCCACCCAGUCGGUAGCCCCGCCUACACCUGAGCUUCACACCAGCCAAGUUGUGAUCACACCCACUUCAGCUCCCUCGUCUAACUCCAAUCAAGACUUGAACCACACUGCUGCAGCUCCUGCCCCUCUCAUCCUGAAUCUAGCAAGUCUUCGCGGAAAUGGUCUGAUCUUCGUCAGCGGACAUAACACAUCACCCAUCUCCAUCAUCAACAACUCUCUCACCACGCCCAUUCACACUAUCACCGCGGCAACCCUGGACACACAGGGCCGUUUCCCACAGCCUCAGAUACUCCAAACCAUUCCCCAAGUGCUUGCUGGUUUCAAGCAAGAUGAUAAAUUAUCACAACAUAUUCACAAUAUCCAUACGCAUGACUCGAACGGGAAGUCUCCCGUUCCGAUGAAUAUUGCAAGUGAUGUUUUGUCGGAGCUGGCAGGCACCCAGCAGGACUCGAAAGAUCUUAUUCUUGAUCAAAUGUCAGCCACAAUCUCAGAUACUCAGCGAAAUCUCCACAAUACAUUAGACUCGCUCAUUCGCGCGGGGACUGCUCGCACACUGUGGGAACAUGUGAAAGAUAAUUCGGGGACUGAUAAUUGUGAUACUCUUGAUGGCAGCUUUUCCUCAUUUCCCAGUACUGAUCUCAAUCUUGAUUAUCUUCUCGACUUGCCCGAACUUUAUGACUGUCCUGAUUUGCCUGACACAAAUGCAAGUCUCGGGACGUCAAGUGGCGGAAUGCCGACUUCUGUCCCGCUCAUCAGUUGUGCUAACUGCCUCAGCAACCAACAAGCUCAACAAUCCCAGCAGCAACGGGCAGAGACACAUCAAUCUACAACAUCGACGUCUGUUACGCCAGACACACAGACAGCAGACAACACUCACUCACAGCCGGACACAGACAGCAGUUUCUCACAGGGCAUCAUCACAGAUUUCUCACCAGACUGGUGCUACACAGAUGGUGGCACGAAGAUCCUGGUGACAGGCCCAUGGUUCUCCACGUCCACUUCCUACUCUGUUGUGUUCAACAGUAAGACGGUGCCUGCUACACUUGUACAGGCUGGAGUUCUCCGGUGCUUCACUCCAGCACAUGACGCUGGCCUGGUGACGCUGCAGGUGGCCAAUGAUGGUUUUGUCAUCUCCAACAGUGAGGUGUUCGAGUACAAGGCUCGGGAAAAGCCUAGUUCACAGUCAGCUCACAACGAAUGGUUCUCAAUGGAUUCGACGGAGAUGAAAUUGCUGCUGGUGGAGAGGUUGGAGCAGCUGGAGAAGAGGCUCAUGCCGGCUGACAAGAACACAGCUUUCCUUGACAAGCAGCAUAACCUGAACAUUGACCAUGAGAACACUGAGUGUCGUCUUGUGCAGUAUGUGGAACACCUAGCUGGUCGACCAUGGCAGAAACUAGAGACCUACCCCAAGGCUGGCCAUGGUGGACUGACGUUACUUCAUCUAGCGGCGGCCCUUGGCUAUGCCAAACUCAUCAGCUCACUUGUUAGGUGGAGGUCUGACAUCUCCAAUUUAGUUUUAGAAUAUGAAGUUGAUGCUCACAGUGUGGACAAUCAUGCCUGUACACCAUUGAUGUGGGCAUGUGCAAGAGGAAAUAUUGAUGCUUCUUUGACACUGUAUCAUAUCAACACGGGGCCACUCAACAUCUGUAAUAAGGAUGGACGUCUCCCUCUCACUGUUGCUCGAAGCAAGGGACAUCACAACCUUGCCAAUCAAAUCGAGCAGUUAGAGAUAGUUCGUCUACAAGCCCCGCCUUCAUUUCCCCCAUGCACUUCCACAGGAUCAUUUGCUGGUGCAACUUCUUCUUUUUCAACUUCGGACUCUAUCACAGCGUGUGACAUGUCACCAACUCCUUGCCAUAUCUUCCCUAGUUCUCACAAAAACAUUUGUGAUGACAAGCAGGAAAAUCUUCACAUCGACAUACCUCCUCCCCCUCCCUACCCAGGGGAUUCCAAGCUCGUCAGGCGACUCAGUGAACAAGUCAUUGGUACAUGUCAUCGCCAGCUUAGCAAACGCUAUUCAGUGGAUAUAUUGCCGAGUGGGGCGACAAACGACCAGACUUCGCCCCAACAUGAUGCUUUUCAGAAGCCUAUUCGGGAGGCCAAUUCUGAGCCCCAUCUGUCAUUGGUUGGUGAUCAUCCAAUCAGUGCAGUGACGGACUCUGCCUUGCUACCAGUUGCUCAACGUGAUCUGGCAUCGCCAGAUAUUCUCAUGCAGACCGAGUCUUUGCUCAACACCAUAGCGACAGAGUCUGGGAAGGAGACGGAUGGUCUCCUCAUGCAGAUGGAUACAGAUGAGGUAUCAUCUGUGCGGAGUGACAGCCCUUUCAUUGAUGUAGAAAAGAUCUCAUCUGACGAGGAGGCGGAACACAAAGCAGCUGUUGCUGCUGCUGCCGCCGCCGCUGCUGCAGCAUCUGGUGAAGGUGGUGAUCAUGAAGGCAAGAACCAAAUGGUUACCCUUGCCAACCAGAUCAUCGCAGCCAUGCCAGAGCGUAUCAAGCUGUCUCCUGCCAAGGAGGAGGAGUGUGGGGUGAGCAGUCGAGCGAGGAGCGAGUCAUACAGCUCGGCCCCGUCUCAAGGCUCACCUCCAACCUCAUCAUUUGGGGAUGAUUCUGGAAUCUCAACACCAAUGACAGAUAGUCUGGCCUUUGACGAGUACAGGUACACAGAUCUGGGCACACCUGCCUCCUCCCUGAGCCCAGACUCCACAUGUCUACCCAGUCCCUACAGCCCCUACAGUUCCUAUAGCUUCACCCUAGACUCACCGCCCCCCACUACUGCUGACUUCACCGAGUAUUUCAACGCGCCUGCCACGUACAUGGAGAAGGACUUUUCACAACUCACACUAUCAGAUCAGGAACAGAGAAAGCUGUACGAGGCUGCCAAGGUGAUCCAGAAUGCGUACCGACUGUAUCGGGAUAAACAACAACUGCAGCAGCAGCGUCAGAAGGAGAUAGAAGCCGCCAUCUUGAUCCAGAGCUACUAUAGGCGAUACAAACAGUAUGCAUAUUUCAAGAAGAUGACCCAGGCAGCAGUUUUGAUCCAGAAUCAGUUCAGGAGUUACUACGCACAGAAACGUCUCAAAAAGAACCGAGAUCCUGCGGCUGGCCUGCAGCGACAAGGGCCGGAGAGACUGAAGAAGGGUCGCAACCAGUCCGUCAUCAUCCAGCAGAGAUACAGGUCUCACUAUCAGAGGAAGACAGAGAAGGAGGGUCGACAGCUGUCUGCUGAUGCAGCAGAUAGAGAUAUAUGGCAGCUUGUGCAUGCAAUUAGGAGAUCCAACCAUCGCAUCGAUGCUAAUGAGAUAAAGCUCCCCACCCCCCGAGCAAAACAGCACAUCCAGAGACGGAACCCCACCAGUCGAUGCUGAGCCAGAAAUCCCCUACCCUGAGGAAGAGGAUGAGUGAAUCACCAUAACGGACGGACACGCCCACCCACUGCUGGAUCUGUGCCUGGGCAUGGCUGUUCAUCUUUGUGGCAUCCAUGGGAGGACAUACCUCUGUCUUAUCCAAAAUCCCCAUUUCAUGCUGUGUUCAAAGGGAGAGAACUGCUUAAGUAGCAAUGGUCUCCAGAGGAGUUGUCAAAGAACAAACUGUUGUUGAGCUGUGUCGUGAUUUGACAUGCCUCUUCAAUCUGGGUUGGGACGAGAUAUUAAAUGGUGUGUAUUGUUUGUAUGUGCGUUGAAAAACUGCGUUGUGAACAAGCUAUGGAAAUAGGCUUGCCGUGAAGUACCCACAAUUUCAGCCCUUUGCUGUUUCAAGUUUGUCAAUGGCUCGUUAUGGGCUUUCAAGGUAUGAUAAGUCACUAAUAGCUGCCAACUGUCUCGAAUACAUGUUUUCCUUUAUCAUCACAAAUAAUAUACCAGUCUGUAUGAAAAAAAUUACGACGACUAAGUUUUCAUACACUAAUAAGGAGAUGGUCAUUAUUUAGCCUCACAUUGUCGGAUAUGAAUGUUGCUUGUUUCUCGAUUGGUAUGGAGUCGUAUUUAGGAGGUUAUGUCUGUCCAAUCAAGCUCUCCACAAUGGUAUUUUAAGAAAUU